UCACUUUUCUUCAUACAGUUCUCUUAUGUGACAAAUUGAACUUUACUACAGCUUUAGUGGUUUGCCCCCUUAAUACUGCCCUCAACUGGAUAAAUGAAUUUAAGAAAUGGCAAGAGGGAUUAGAAGAUGACAAAAAACUUAAGGUAUCUGAAUUAGCAACCAUGAAAAGCCCUCAAGAUCAAAGUAUUUUACUACAAAAAUGGCAAGACAGUGGUGGUGUCAUGGUCAUCGGCUACGAAAUGUACCGAAAUCUUGUACAAGGACGGAAUGUGAAGAGUAAAAAAUUAAAAACAGUAUUUAAUAAAACUCUUGUUGAUCCAGGCCCGGAUUUUGUUGUGUGUGAUGAAGGUCAUAUACUAAAAAAUGAAGCUUCAGCUGUAUCCAAAGCUAUGAAUUUGAUUCGUUCAAAAAGACGAAUUAUUUUAACAGGAACACCUCUACAAAAUAAUCUAAUUGAAUAUCACUGUAUGGUUAAUUUUGUCAAAGAGAAUCUACUUGGUUCUAUUACGGAUUUUAGGAAUCGAUUCAUAAAUCCAAUUCAAAAUGGCCAGUGUGCAGAUUCCACCACGACAAAUGUUCAAGUAAUGAAAAAGCAUGACCAUAUUCUCUAUGAAAUGUUAGCUGGCUGUGUUCAGAGGAAAGAUUGCACAACAUUAGCAGAGUUUUUACCACCCAAACAUGAGUAUGUAUUAGCAGUAAGAAUGACUUCUAUUCAGUGCAAGCUUUACCAGUACUAUUUGGAUCACUUAACAGGAACAGGAAGUACUAGAGAAGGAGGAAGAGGAAAAGCAGGAACAAAACUCUUCCAGGAUUUUCAAAUAUUAAGCAGAAUUUGGACUCAUCCAUGGUGCUUACAGCUGGACUAUAUUAGCAAAGAAAACAAGGGGUAUUUUGAGGAAGACAGGAUGAAUGAAUUCAUACCAUCAGAUUCUGAUGAAACCUCACUGAGUUUAAGUUCAGAUGAUUAUCCUAAGAAAAAAAAGUUCAAAGGGAAAAAAAGAACCAGCUCAGGUGGACAUGAGGAUGCAGAAGUAAUUUAAGUAUGGAAUUCAAGAUCCAGAGGUGGUGGUGAAGGGCAUAAGGAUGAGCUGGCCAGCAUUUCAUCUGUGAUGGUAAAAAAAGAAAA